AUGGGCCUCGAUCUGGUCGACCUGCCCCUAUUUACCGGAAAAUCCCGCUGCCACUACAUCGCGCUGGCCCGUCAGUGUCCGUCGACCGUCCCCUUGUGCUCAUCCCGGGCAACGUUGUCCAGGCUCCGGAAGUCCCACCGCCAUCAGAUGACCGGACAAGACGAGACGAGAGUGUGCCGGAACUGCCAACCGUUCCCUCGGCCAGGCAGAACUGGAACCGGAUACCGGCGACAGCGACGCAAGCCGGGCGGUGACGGCCGUGGACGACCCCGCAGCCAAAUCUAA